AUGCUUCAUGAAGUCUGGACUAUGCGGAUGUGUCAGUUCUGUCUCUUAGUCAAAGAACUUCUCGCGAGUCACUACGGAAAGCAGUACAUUGAUGCGAAGCUUGCGCAAGGAUACGACCAAGAACUCUGUCUGUAUCGAGACCCACUUGACCUAUCUUUCCACACGUACGGUAUACGUGAUCACGCCGAGAAAGAGAUGUCCUUCUGUAUUCAGAUCGACUGCUAUACUCCAGACGCUUUUCGAGGCAAUCUAGCGGCCCAUUUCCGUCGCGAGGACAGGAGACGAGAUGAUGACAAGACUAGAGACUGGGUGAUGCCUUCUAUAUUUGCUGUCAAACAUCAAAUUGACUACGCUGGUGGAAAUUUAGAAGGCAUUCCUAUCGAACAACCUGGUCGCCUUGUGGACCAGAAGAAGAUAGAUUGGGCCUUCCUCAGACGCUAUCAAUGGGGCUCAGACCAAAACCUAAAGUUGAAGAAGAACAACAUCUCUCAGCUAGAAGCUCCAGGCUUCUUUGACAGUCCGGAAGGCCAACCUGCGCAAACCAUUGAGGACGCUAUAAUGACCGUCCGUAAGCUUGGUUACAAAUACGCCUGGGUUGACGCACUUUGCAUUGUGCAAGACGAUGUCGACAAUGUGACCUUGAACGUCGAUCAGAUGGAUCAGAUCUAUCGAGGAGCACACCUCACCGUCAUAGCUGCUGCAGGCAAGGAUGCGUAUUACGGUCUUCCAGGAGUCUCCACAAGACCCAGAGCAGAGGGACAACUCAAAGCUACCAUCAAUGGCACACUGGUGUCGAACUCCCAAGUCUUCUUCAACUGCUCCAAAGGAUGCAAUUUUCAGGAACAGUAUCAUUUCAUCCCUGGCUUGACUGCCACAUAUACAUUGACGGAUCCUCAAGCCUCGUUCGAUUUCGAAAACCGCGAUUUGUGGGAGCUGUACGCCAUUGCUGUAUCAGAGUACACUACACGAGCGAUGUCGAACCCCUUGGACAAGGUGCGCGCUUUCAACGGAAUUUUGAAAUUCCUUGAAGGACCUUUUGGAGCACCCUUCUUCUUUGGGUUACCCACAAAUCUGUUCGAAGUUGCAUUACUUUGGAAACCUCGUGGACCUUGCAGCCGUACUGCUCUUGGCUUCCCCAGUUGGUCUUGGGCCGGCUGGGAUGCCGAGGUAGUCUACGAGCUGACAGACUCUAUGAGUAACGUAUGCGAAUGCUUGAUUAGCCAAGCUACUAUAACAAUACCGAAAACAAAUCUCGAACUUAUGUCCUGCACAACACUGCAACCGCAGAUCUUCCUUGGUUGGCAUCGCCAAUUUGACGACGAUUCACUUGCGAUUCAUUAUACAAACACCGAUCCUGACUUCGCACACUACCAAUACCCCCGACCUAUGCGACGUGUGCCUGAAACACAGUUUACUCAAUUCGCAUCGUUGCGCUCGCCGAUGUUGCGUGUUACUGCCAAAACAGCUACAUUUACCUUGACAGAAAAGCACUCGCACAUGAGGGACGUUCAUACGCGCCUGAAAACACCCUGCAAAGAGGGAUGUCACGAACUCUGCUAUCUCGCCAUCUUAGACCAAGAGGAACAUACAGCAGGCACGAUCAUUGUAGGCGGAGAUCUUCUCCCGCAGCUUGUGAACAGAACCCACAAAUUCGUCGCCAUCGCGCGAUCGACGCUAUCUCGCAUGGAUGACGACCCAUCGUGGGAUGCCGAGACUGAAAGGUUCAAAUUAUGGACAGAGCAAAACCCUGAGUCCCGAUCGCGCAAAUUAGAAGAAACGAUCGCCGUCUCGGCAAUACCCGAGCCAGGCUCAAAGUUCGAUUGGUCGAGAGGAGAUGAUGAAGAUGACGACGAAGCGUUCAAGAGAAAUUUCAUUCCACCAAACGAUGACUUCUUUGACAACAGGUAUUUCAGUGACAAGGUUUAUUGGCCGGCAGUUCAUGUGUUGUUGCUCUCGCAGGAGAAGGACGGCGUUGUUGAGCGAUUAGGCGUUGGGAAGAUUCACGUUGAUGCCUUUGAGCCUAUCGCAAGAUUGGAAGAGGUAUUGCUAGGUUGA